CCCUUCUCCUUCAUUCUCCUCCUCCAUCGCUCUCUAUCCGAGACUACACAGUAGGAAAGACGCUCCACUUUCAUUCCACAAAGUUGAUCUUAUCGAAGUUUUCUCAAGUUCACAAAAGAGGCUGUGGGCUAUUUUGGAGAAAGUAGGAAGGAAGUGAACGGCUGUCAGCUCAGCUCCUGCCACGUCCGGUUCAUCUCUGUCUGCCGGCUCACUGCGAAUUUUGCAUCAUUGGGGAGACCUCUAAUUAACAGGAAGGGCUACUCCCUACAUAGGAUCAUCCCCCAAGAAUUUCAUACUCAAUUGCUUUCCAGAUCACUCUUUGCAAAUGGUGGGAGUGAUUGGACAUGAUUUGAUAAAUUGAAUCAACAAUGUCUAGUGUGAGAGCAUGGUGGAAAUUAGUUGCAGAUUAUCGAUUUCUAAAAACCAUAAGCUGCAUUUAACAAUAAAAGAUCACUGCAUAUACUAUGGCUGCUUCUGCAAAAACUAUCACCCUUGAAAGUUCUGAUGCCAUUAGUGAUUGGACUGUUGUUUUACCUCGCCGUGGUAAGCGGAGAAGAAAUUUCCUCAAGAGCAAGCAUCCUGAACAACAUCAACAACCAUGGGUGCCAACUGAUCUUGAAAUGGAUCUUCAUAGAGAAUCAAAACUGAUGCAGAAGAUCCAGAUCUGCAUAAGGAAACUUGAAAACUCUACAUUUUAUCAUGUCCUUUUGGAUCAAGUCCAAACUCCUCACAUGUUGGAGGCUUUUCUCAGGGUUCUGGGAUCUGAAUUAAAGAUGCAGAUGGUGGUAUAUGGUAUAGGCAGCAUCGAAUCAUAUGAACCCCCUCGAUUGCAGCUUAGCCUGGCAAUCUUGCUGAAAAGAAAGUUCAGUUGGAUUGGGGACAUCGAGGUAUUUGAUCCAAUUCUUUCUGCGACAGAGUCGAGAGUGUUGGAAGCCCUGGGUUGUUCUGUUCUAUCAGUCAAUGAGCAAGGUCGGCGACAAGCUUCAAAACCUACACUGUUCUUCAUGCCACACUGUGAGGCAGAGUUAUAUGAUAAUCUUCUACAGGAAAAUUGGAGAACAGAGCGUAUGAAUAAUAUUGUGUUGUUUGGAAACAGCUUUGGGACAUAUGAACAGCAUGUAUCAGAGUUUAGGAGCUCAACACUUGUUGAUUCCUCGAGGCAUAUCUUGGCUGUUCGAAAGUUCACGCGUGAAUUUGCAAUCAAGACAGUUUCAGAUGAUUAUUUUGGAGCCUUUCAUGAUUCAAGCUGGCAUUUCUUCAGCCUUGUUGCUUGAACAGCUUUGCAGUUCACAAGCAAGACUGAAUGAUGAUUGAAAACGAUCUUAUUUUUAAUCUUUCAUUGCGUUUAAAACAAGUUUACUGUUCUCUUAGUACCUGAAACAACCCCCAUAACAUUAUUUCAAAGUCUGUAUUAUCACUAAUAUGCUCUCGGAGAUGCUUCCAAUUUC